AUGGCUAAAUCUGAGAGUGGUGAACAUGCUGGCAGUGUUCCCACCGAUGGCAACGACAGUGAUGGCUCUAUAACAGUAAUACGCGAGGAACGGUCUAACAGUGAUUUCGGAUCAGAGAUGAUAAAUAUGUUGCAAGAUGAUGAAGAUAGCCAACGUGAGACCAGCGUGAGUGAAGACCAGAUAGAGACAGACCUAGAUAUAGAGCAUUCUCCCAAGAAGAGAAGUCAUGCUUCCAUGGAGGGCGAAGGUAGUGACUACGACGAUGAUGACGAUGACUUGGAAGUAACUAAUAUGAACAAGAGGCGCAAUGCAGACUUGACACCCGAGACCAUCAACUUGGAAGCCGAGGAACAGCAAGUGGUCGAGAUACCAGACGAAGAGGCCAAUGACGAGGAGAGCAAGAAAAGGGAAUACAAGCGGGUACGAGACUACAAAUGUCCUAUAUGUUUCGAGCCACCAGAUGUUGCUAUUAUGACUCCCUGCGGGCAUGUAUUCUGUUGCGAAUGCUUGUUCCAAAUGGUAAACAACUCAAGAACUCCUCGUAAAGGAGGUGUCUGUGCUCUAUGCAGAAAGACCAUAAACAUGAAACAGAUCAAAAUGCUAGUACUCCGAAAAGUACAGAAGAAGACCUGA